UGAUGCAACAGUUGCUACCGGGGAAGUACGUGAGCUACUCCUCGAAUCGUUGGGACAGCUUGCCAGGGAGCCGACUUUCAUGGUUGACCUUUGGGUUAACUAUGACUGCGAUGUUGACUGUAGUAAUCUGUUCGAAGAUGUUGUCGCGUUUUUAAGCAGGAAUUCAUUCCCGAACCCAACUCUCUAUUCUGCAAGCAAUUCACAUCUGUUGUGUUUAGAUGCUCUUUUAAUGUAUGUGAACCAUAUGGUUGAUCGAUUACAAACGGAGAAAAAUCACAAAGCCGCCUCAAACUCAGGAUUAUCAUGGAAAGAACUAUCUGCAUCAGAUUACAGUCUUGGACUGCGGCCAUCGGUGUACCCUUCGCCUGUUGAGCUAUUGGAAAGGAGAAAAUGGAAGCAGAUCUUGUUGGAGGGGGCAGCGAAAUUUAACGAAACUCCAAAAGCAGGUCUCGAAUUUUUGGAAGCGAAUGGUGUCAUUUACGACGACCCAUCUGUCAAUAGGGAAACAAGCCUUGCUAGUUUCUUGAAAUCUACGCCGCGAUUAAACAAGACAGUAUUGGGGGACUUUCUUUCAAAACCAUCAAACAUCGAAGUACUAAAGGCCUUUGUUCGACUUUUCGAUUUCAAGGGGAAAAGAAUCGAUGAAGCUAUGAGAGAAAUGUUAGAAUCUUUCCGACUGCCAGGAGAAGCUCAGCAGAUUGAGAGAAUAAUGGAGACUUUUGCAACAGCUUAUUUUGCCUCGGGUCCAC